AUGAAAGCACAGACCCCUAUUGUCGUGUUCGUGCUUGCGAAUGUCCUCAUUGCCACGUGCGUCGAGGCCGCCAUUUACUUUCCUAAUAUUCCCCCAGCUGUUACCGAGGAGGAAAAGCACUCGGUGAUGUCGAUCCACCACGCAAUCGUGGGGCGCGGCAUCACACUCAAGCCGAAUGUGGCCGCCCGCGCAAGCAGAAUGGUUGGCGGCUUCCAGUUGCUCACACGCACCGCGAUGCUUGGCGGGCCAGGCGCAGUGGUGGACGUCAACGGCCAGCCUGUAAUGUCAUUCGCGUUAAACUACGCCAAGGGCUCCACGCCCGAGACCUCCGUCAAUCCCGACUAUACAACCCUGCUGCCGCGCCAAGGCGAUCCCACCAAGGCCGAUUUGUUUGUCCACUUCGAGUCCCCCAAUCCGGCCUCCGUGUAUCACCUGGAGCUGGAUGUGGGCCCCGAUGGGCAACUGGCUGUGAGGAGCCAGGCACCCGUGGACUUCUCCGCGUGGGGGGGAGUGUGGACACCGUGUGCAGGCUCCAUGUCACCCUGGGGCACCCACCUAGGUAGUGAGGAGUAUGAGCCGGAUGCCCGGACGUUUUACUCGUCCAACUCAUCCGCCAGCCGUGUCCGUGAAUUCGCCCGCUACUUCGGGCUGUACCAGGGCGACUUCAACGGCAGCGCCACCUUCAUGGAACGAGUACGUGAGGUCAUGAGCCCUUACAGGUACGGCUUUGUGACAGAGGUGUCGUACGAUGUGGCCCGGGGUACCCCUGUGGCUCGCAAGUGGUACUCCCUGGGCCGUGUGUCGGUGGAGGCGGCGCUGGUGAUGCCCGACAAGAAAACGGUGUAUAUUACCGACGAUGGUCGCAACGUGGGCUUUUUCAAGUUCGUUGCGUCCAGGCCAGGUGACUUCCGCCGGGGUCGGCUCUACGCAGCAAAGUUCACCCAGAUCUCUGCGACGAAGGGAGGGAACUUCACAGUCUCCUGGGUGGAUCUGGGCAGUACAGACCAGGACCUCCUGGCUGCCGCCAUCCCUGGACUUCGCUUCUCCGACAUCUUCGAGUACGCUGCCCCCGUGGCCGGGUCGUGUGCAGCGGCCGGUGCGGGCUUCCGACCUGUGAAACACUCAUAUGGCGAAGAGUGUCUGCGGCUGCGGUCAGGGGCGGAGAAGCUUGCGGCUGCAUUCGAGACGCGGCGAUACGCCGCCUACCUGGGUGCCACCACGGAGUGGUCCAAGUGGGAGGGGAUCACCCUAGAUGCCACCAGGAGGAAGAUCUAUACAUCAAUUACGGAUGUGAACGACGGCUGUCUGCCGGAGCCCACACGCUUUGGUGGACAAGAUGAUGUACGGCUGCCCUCCAACAAGUGCGGUUGCGUGUACUCCUUGGACUUGGAUUCGUCGUACAGCGCUACCUACAUGUACGGCCUCACAUGUGGCAUGCCUGAUGUAGGCGGCACGCCGGGCCUUACCUAUAACAACACCUGCCACCUUGACCGCAUCGCCUCCCCCGACAACGUGGCCUACGUGCCGGGUUUGGACCUGCUCCUAAUUGCGGAAGACACUGAUUACCACGACAACAACUUUCUGUGGGCCCUGGAUGUGAGCUCCGGAGACAUGACACGUGUCUUGGCCGCACCUGUGGGCGCGGAGGUGACCGGAAUCGGCUUCUUCACACUGCCCAACGGCCUGUCGUACAUCUGGAGCAAUAUUCAGCAUCCGGAUGCGUCCGGCGUGAUGGCGGGGUCAGCCGGCGACCCUGGCAGGGGCGGCUAUGUGGGCUACUUCGGUCCCUUCCGCCUGGGGAAGGGGGAAGCCCUUGGGCUGCAGGCCAUUCCCGCCCCGGUGGAGACGACUUCCAAGCUGGUGGUCACAUCUUCCGCCAAGGCCGUCAUUGGCAAAUACGUGCCCGCCUCCUACACCAUUCUGGCCAGGUCGGGUCAGCGGUUCGGCGAUACAGUGUGGGGCGCCAACCUGAACUCCGCUCUGCAACCCGUGGCCACCAUCACAUCCAACUGGCAGCUGCUCCGGAACAAGUCCGAGAUAUCCAACUCCCCCGACUUCUCUUCCCUGACCGCUGUGUGCGACAAGACCUUCUUCAGCACCCAUUUCGAGUACGCCAACCCCGCUGCUAUGUACACCCAGGUCCUGGCGCAGGAGCCCACCACUGGACGGCUGAGUGCCACCUCUGACGCGGCAUUUGUGGACUGGUCGGCCUGGGGUGGGCUGCUGACACCGUGCGCAGGUUCCAUCACCCCCUGGGGUACCCGUCUGGGGAGUGAGGAGUACGAGCCGGAUGCGCGAGCCUUCGCCAACGCCAAGACCGUGGAGGACAUCGGAGGAGGUCCCACCGCGGCGCAAUUCACGUACGACGGCGGCAACGCGCUCAAGAUGGGUCGCCUGUACGACCUGUACUAUGGUGAAAUGAACCUUACGGAGUUCAAGGCGGCCGUGAAGCCGUACCUCUAUGGCUACAUCACUGAGGCGAAGAUUCAGUACGACAACUCGGCUGUCGUACAGAAGCACUACACUCUCGGUCGCGUGGCAACGGAGCUGGGUCUUGUCAUGCCCGACAAACGUACGGUGUACAUCACGGAUGAUGGAUCCAACGUUGGCUUCUUCAAAUUUGUUGCGGACCGGCCAGGGGACUUAACCGCCGGCAACCUGUACGCAGCCAAGGCGACACAGAUCAGCGGCAGCGGCGGCGGCACUUUCCGAAUCAGCUGGAUCUGGCUGGCGUACGGCACACAGGACCAACUGGUAGCAGCCGCCAGUGUUGUCCAGUUCCCUGACGUAUUCGACGCGGAGCUGCCAGCCAACGGCAGCUGCCUUACCCCGGGUUUCAGAGCCAUCAACGCGGGCGGACGGGGGUGCGAGUGCCUCCGCCUGCGGCCCGGGAGCGAGGUCUUCGCGGCGUUCUUUGAGACGCGCAGAUACGCCGCCUACCUGGGUGCCACCACGGAGUGGUCCAAGUGGGAGGGAAUCACCCUAGAUGCCGCCAGGAGGAAGAUCUACACAUCAAUUACGGAUGUACGCCAAGGCAUGGAGGACUUCAAGGACCGCGGGGCCAGCAGCAGCAAAUUCGACAUGUGCGGCAGCAACGACGUCCGCCUCGAGUACAACCGAUGCGGCUGCGUGUACUCGCUAUCCUUGGACGGUUCCUUCAGUGCCUAUUGGAUGGAGGAGCUCGUGUGCGGUACACCCGCCACUAACCCCGCUGCCCCGGGCUACGUGGCUGGGAACAGGUGCCUCAUGGACCGAAUCGCAAAUCCAGACAACGUUGCCUACAGCCCUGAACACGACUUGCUCGUCAUCGGAGAAGACACCUCAGAACACGUGAAUGACGUCAUGUGGGCGUACGACAUUGAGACCCGCGCCUUGACUCGCAUCUUCUCUACGCCUUACGGCUCUGAGACUACAUCAGCGUACUGGUACGGCAAUAUCAAUGGCUUCGCAUAUAUCGCGGCAACCGUGCAGCAUCCUUACGGCGAGUCCGACACGGAUAAGGUGAACGACCCGCUGUCGUUUGGGCUGGGGGGUGCCUCCGGCGUGAUUGGGCCGCUGCCGGCAGUAGCAGCGCCAGGAAGCCCCACCAGCCCCUCCCGCAGCACAGGUCUGAAAUGUGCAUCCAUGGACACGUAUGUGGUGGAGGUGCAGGUGACGUACCAGAGUGCGGCCGUGUCAUCACCUGCCGACGCGGCCCGCCUGGACGCGUACGUGUGUGCUCGGGUGGAUAACAUGCUAGUGCGGCUGAGUGGCGCAGUCGAUGACGCGUCCAGGGUGGCGGUCCGCUGUGUGACUGGGAAGGGCGAUACCGGCAACAGUACUUCCCUUCAGCGCAACGCCGUACUCGCCCGAGUGCAGCUGGGCCCAAGUGCAGCGGAGGCCCGGGUCUUCCAGCAGAAGGCGUCCGACCCCUCGGGUGAUCUGCGCUCGGAGCUGGCCGCGCUCUUCGCGGCGCUGUCCACUGCACCCGGGGGUGGAGCUGCAGGUGCACCAACCGCCGCAGCCUUCCCGGGCUUUUCAGUGCAGAUCGCCCAGCCCAGAUUUGUCCGCCGGUCUGAGGCUUACACACCGCCAGCAGGCGUAUCGUCCUGGGAUUAG